CCCAAUUCCAGGAUCUACUACCCAAAACCUCGUUAACACCGAGACCCAUUCAUCGUCCUCCUCUCGAUUUCUACAGCGAUGGAGAAGGUCGACGGAGGCGAGCAAGAACGAAAAGAGAAGAGAAGAAAGGCUGUAAUCCAAAUCCCAUCCUACGACGAAGUCUUCAGCUCCGCCGCCUCCGUCUCCUCCUCCUCCGCCGCCGACGGCUGCGCAGACCCUCGACCUCACAAUCCACCGCGGCCUCCUCCUCCUCCUCCUCCUCCAAAUUCAUUCUCCGAAGCCUUCUCCUUCGUCAAAUCCUCAGAGUUCUACGCCCCUCCUCCAAGGCCCGUUGCCGAGUCCCAGGCUUCGACUUCUGGUUCUAACUCUAGUAAUGCGCCGGUCCAUAGUCGAAAUGCGAUUCUUGUCAGCCAUAGGCAGAAGGGGAAUCCGUUGCUCAAGCACAUUAGGAAUGUGCGGUGGACAUUUGCGGAUAUCGUGUGUGAUUACUUGUUGGGUCAGAGCUCUUGUGCUUUAUAUCUAAGUCUUCGGUAUCACCUUCUCCAUCCAGACUACCUAUAUUUUCGAAUAAGGGAGCUGCAGAAGAAUUUUAAGCUUCGUGUUGUUCUGUGCCAUGUUGAUGUGGAAGAUGUAAUUAAACCUUUACUUGAAGUUACGAAAACAGCAAUGCUUCAUGAUUGCACCCUUCUAUGUGGUUGGAGCUUGGAGGAGUGUGGUCGCUACUUGGAGACUAUAAAGGUUUAUGAAAACAAACCUUCCGACCUCAUUCGUGAGCAAACAGAUACGGACUAUUUAUCACGGCUCACACAUGCACUCACAACUGUCAGACGUGUUAACAAGACAGAUGUAGUGACUCUUGGAUCAACUUUCGGGUCUCUUUCUGGGAUUAUGGAUGCUUCUAUGGAUGAGUUAGCUCGUUGCCCCGGCAUCGGUGAACGCAAGGUGAAGCGCUUGUAUGAUACUUUCCAUGAACCAUUCAGGCGAGUCUCCAGCCGACCUGCAGUUGUUGCGUCUGAGACUCCCACAAAGGAGGAUAACAAGGACAAAAACGUUGAGCCACCUUCAGAUGAAUCAGAAGUUAGGAAGGAACAUACCCUCAAUGUCAAGUCAGCACUCUCUGCUGCUUUUGCCAAGUAUGCUGAGAGAGUAAGAAAGCCAGAUGAAAAGAGUAGUUCUCCUGAAAAGGUUGAAGGCAGUAGUAGUGUUACCGCGGCCCCAAAAUGAGCCAUGACGGUUAAGGGACGACUAGUAUUUCUCUGGAUGGAGGUUAAGCCCAUUCAGAAAAGGGAUCGGGUUCGUCGUGUGGGCUAAAGGAUGCAUAUUGAGACAGUGCUCGAGCUGAUCAUCUGUUGAUUUGUGUAUAGGGAUUUGUUAAUAUUGUUCACUUGACGUUUACUUGUAUUCCUGUUUCAGCCCUAACCGUGCAUCCCA